AUGUCUCUGUCCAAGAUCCUAACGGAAGAUUUCCUAACGUGCAGCAUAUGUCAUCAAAAGUUCAAAGAUCCCAAGGUCCUCAGCUGUGCCCAUACGUUUUGCCAGCAUUGCCUCCAGGGCCAUUUGGACAGAAAUUGUCAAGGUCAGCCUCGCUUCCCUUGUCCUAUCUGUAGACGUCACUGUGUCCUCCCUGGAGGCGGUGUAAGUGCUUUACAAACAAAUCAUCUUCUGGUCAGCAUAUCACAAACACAUGGUCAAGUAGAACAAGCCAAAGCUGCCAAGAAAUGCAAGAUAUGUUGCAUGAAAAAUGUCUACAGCCCAUCAACGGCAACAAAACGAUGUUCGGACUGUGAGGAAAGCAUGUGUGGAGAUUGUUCUUCGGAUCAUGUGCUUCAUAAUUUCAGUCGUGACCACAAACUGUUUCCUGUCGACCAGUUUGACAGCGACGACUACGUGACAGAGCUGCGUGCCCGGCAAAACGUCCUGUGUGACCACAACAACAAGGACCCCGUAGAAAUCUUCUGCCCAGUGUGUGUAAAGUUCGUCUGUGUCGGUUGUAUGGUUUUAGAACACCAGGGUCAUGAUUGCCUUAGAAUCAACACUGCUGCCGACAAACGCAAGGAGAAACUAGAACUCAGGGUGAAGCCCAUCGAGAAGAAAAGUCUACGGUACGAUCACUUUAAAACAGCUGCUGAAGACCAGAAAUUAUCAGUAGAAGAGGGAAGAAAGAAGGCAAGGAGUCAAGUGAACAAGCAGUUGGAUCAAGUUGUUAAGAUGGCCCGUCAACGUGCCAAUGAUCUUCUGGAAGAAAUAGAUACAAUGUCAAAUGCCAAAUUAGACAUCUUGAAUGGUUUAAUUGCAACUGCUACCGCCGACCAAAAACAACUGGACGACGUUGUAGACUUCUCAAGGAAACUCAUUAACCAUGGCAACGAUAUAGAUGUCCUCCAAAUGGCCUCGGCCUGUGAGCAAAGCAGCGAGAGCGUUGAGACUCUAGACAUCCCGAGUCUGCCCGCAGCCAUGACCCAGCUACAGCUAAUCACCAACGACAUGGAUGAGUGCGUUACCAAUAUCAACAGUUGUCUUGGAAAUGUAGUUCCGGUCGUGAGUGGAAGACUGGUGACAUCAUUCAAAGUAGAACUGGCCAAGUCUCCUGAGGAGAUGAUCAGUCACGUGACCACUGAUGUAAACGGUGAUUUUCUUUUUGGCAUAUUCUGUAAUGAGGACAAGUCACGGAAUAGAAUCCUCAUCUACGAUUCCAACUUUGUCCUUCAGGGCACAAUUCCAAAUCCAAGAGCAGCAGAAAAGUACGGCUUUGCAGGGAUUGCCAUUGAUGAUGAUGGCAACAUUGUCACUAGAUGUCAAGGGUCAAAUGAAAUCAUUGUCUACUCCAAGAAAGGAGACCACGUGAGAACAUUCCACAGUGAGUCACCUAAUGCAGCAGCGGUCAACAGCAAGGGUCAUUAUGUAGUGGCAGGUCGCAGUACUUUGACUGUGCACCACAAGGAUGGCGAGGUCUUGCAGACGUCACCGGACCCAAGGAAUAAAUAUAUGAAACGCAUCCACUGUAACGUCAAUGAUGACAUCAUCGUCACAGGAGAUGAUCACGUCCGUGUAUACGAUUCCACUCUCCAGCUUAAAUACAGAUAUGGUACCCAGGGUGAUGGAGACGGACAGGUAAAGAAGAGCGCUAGGCAAGACAAGCGAGCCUUCAUUCACGAACUCACAGAGGAGACAGAGGCAGCAGCAAGGAAGGGAGACAUGAAAAGAAUCUAUGAAAUUACAAGAGCGUUAUCAGAAAACGAGGAACCUUACCCAACCAGCGAGAGACAAGAACGGUACCGUAAGACCAUAGCAGGAGAGGCAGAGCAAAGAGCAAGAUGGGCAGAAUAUUUUAAGGAGACUUUGAACAGACCCCCACCAGCAGUACCUCCUGACAUACCACCAGCCAAUCAGUUACUUGACGUUAAUACUAACCCACCAACAAAGCAAGAGAUCAUGAAAGCCAUCAAGUCCCUGAAGUCUGGCAAAGCAGCAGGACCAGACGGCAUUCCACCAGAAGCCCUGAAGGCAGACAUCCAGACAUCAACGAAUUGCUGCACCCAUUGCUAG